AUCCAAAAAUCUCAUAAGGAAAUGCAUGUAGAUUGCAGCCUCAGGAACCAAUAUACACAUGAUUGAACUGUGUAAUAGACUCAUCUCUUUUCUCUAGACCGAUUAGCGCGCGCACACACGUCUCCCCCAUGUUGCAAAACCCGAUUCGCCAAAAGCCCCAGCUCUAGCCCUAACCCCUUAACAACACCCCCACAAGGCACAAGCCCAGUAGGCCACCCCCCAGCUCAGCACUCUCUCGGUCUCUGUCUCUGUCUCUGUCUCUCCCUCUCUCUUUCUCUCUCCUUCACGCUUUUCUCUCUCUCCAAGUGGGCAAUCCAAGUCCCUUCCUCCCUCGGUCGCUUCACUUUUCUUCAACAUCCUCGUCGUGUGUCAGAAGAAUCAGAAGCACCCAGCCUCCCCACCCCAUCCUCGAAGCCCCCUCCUCCUCUUCCUGUGCUGCUGCUGGUGUUGCUCCUCCUCGUUCUCCCUUUCCUUUUCAUUCAAGCAAUCCUCCGCCCCAACCCCACUUCCUUUCUUCAUUGUUUUACAAGCACAAGCGCCUCUCUCCUCACACCAAUCCUCUCCCUCUUCUUCCUUUUUUUUUUUUUUUGGUUCAUGUGUUCGACACCUGAAUUUCAAUCCAAUCCCUCCCGGUUCUAGCCCGGGCCUUACACGGCCCAAUGCAUCCCUCUACAGCAACCGUCACCGGAUCAGUACUGCUACCGCCGCUGCCGCUGCCGCCACCACUACCACCAUCAUCAUCAUCAUCAUCAUCCCCAGUUCAAACCCUUGACCUCAUCAACCACCUCCUCUCUAUCCUCCUCCUUUCCGCUCUCAGCGUCAAAUCCUUCGUCGGUCGCUGGCAGGUCCUCCUCUCUAAACUCUCCUCCCUCAGAACCUCCCUCUCGGAAAUCUCAGAUUCCCCUCACUGGUCCGAGAAUCUCCUCCUUCAUGACCUCCUCCCUACCCUCCUCUCCACUCUUCAGAAGACCAAAUCCCUCUCUGAUCAAUGCCACGACCCUUCUUCCUACACCGGCGGUAAGCUCCUCAUGCAGAGCGACCUCGAUAUGGCUUCCGCUUCCCUGUCCGCCCUUCUACAUGAUCUCGAUUUAUUAAUCAAAUCCGGGGUCCUUCGCCAGUCCAAUGCUAUCGUUCUUUCCCAACCCGGUCCCGGCUCGUCCAAAGACGACUUGGGAUUUUUCAUCCGCGACCUCUUCGCCAGGUUACAGAUCGGGGGGAUCGAGUUCAAGAAGAAGGCCUUGGACUCGCUGCUUCAGCUUCUCCGAGAGGACGAUAAAGCUGCUGUCCUGGUGGCCAAGGAAGGAGACAUUAGGUAUUUGAUUCAUUUGCUUGAUUCCAGUCAUCAGCCGUCGCUUCGAGAGCAAGCAGCGGUGGCUGUCUCUGUUCUUGCAACUUCCGGUGAUUCCUCUCGUAACGCCGUCUUCGAAGAAGGGGGUUUGGGGCCUUUACUGCGCCUUCUCGAAGCCGGUUCGUCGGGCCUGAAGGAGAAGGCUGCCAUGGCCGUCGAGGCGAUCACCGCCGAUCCGGAUAAUGCCUGGGCCAUUUCUGCCUAUGGUGGUGUUCCGGUGCUAGUGGAAGCGUGUCGUUCGGGAUCUCCUUUGACCCAGACGUUUGCAGCAGGUGCGAUGAAGAAUGUAGCGGCGGUUGAAGAAAUAAGGGCUGCUUUGGCAGAAGAAGGCGCGGUCGCCGUUCUUGUCCAGCUAUUGGUUUCUGGCACCGAUUCCGCCCAAGAAAAAGCUGCCAAUAAUCUGUGGAUCCUCGCCUCGUCGGGAGAAGAUUUCAGGGCCUCGAUAAUACGGGAAGGCGGAUUACAGAGGCUUCUGCAAUUAAUACAGGAGUCUUCCAGCCCGGAUACGUUAGAACACGUCCUGCGAGGGAUAUACGCCCUCUCGUCUUCAGCUUUGGCAGCCAGGAUCUUGUCUUCAUCAAAUCCAUUCAUAUUGCAACUCGGCGAGCUUGUCAAGCAUGGAAAUGUCAUCGUGCAGCAGAUGUCUGCUUCACUUCUAGCUAACCUAUCUAUAAGCGAUGCGAGCAAGCGGGCAAUAGCAGGGAGUAUGGGGGCACUAGUGAGAAUGGUGGAAUCUUCCAAGCCGGUGGGUUUGCAGGAGGUAGCGACGGAAGCGCUGGCCUCCUUAUUGACCGUUCGGUCGAAUCGCAAAGAUCUUGCCAAGGACGAGAAGAGUGUACUGAGGUUAGUCCAGAUGUUAGAUCCCAAAAACGAAAUGGUGUGUAAGAAGUUUCCAGUAUCGGUUAUCUCUGCAAUCUUAGCCGGAGGCAGCCAAAGGUGUCGGAAGAGGAUCGUGGCUGCCGGAGCCUACCCGCAUUUGCAGAAGCUGGCUGAAAUGGACGUCGCCGGCGCAAAAAAGGCCCUACAAAGGCUUGCCGGAAAUCGUCUCAAGAGUAUCUUCAGCAGGACUUGGAGGGAAUAACCGACAAAGAAAAGAAACUAACCCCGCCAAAGGGCAAAGGUAUCCGUUUGAAAUUCUAACUGUCGAAGAGGAAACUACUUUUCCGGUACGAGAAUCAAACACAUACUUCCUAUACUCAACCAAACAAAAAUUUUACAUUAUUAUUAGUCUCCUCCCCCCGACCCAAGAAAAGAAAGAAGACCAAGAAGGCUAUAGAGAGAGAGAGAGAGAAUAAGAAUAGUUAGGAGGUUAUUAUUCGAAUAUUUAUAUAAUAUAGAAUAGAGAGACAAAAAAGAAAUGGUGGAUGCGGUUUUUAGGGAAGUAUCCUCUUUCUUAUUUUAAUUGUUUGACUUGUGAAGCUUAGACUCUGAGAGUAAGUGAGAGAGAUUUGAUAAUGUACAUGAGAGAGGGUCUGUUGUUUAUCUGUAAUAGGCAUAUCUUUUUUCUUUUUUUCAUUUUUUUAAAGCAUUAGAUAGUAGGUGUGUAAUUGUUUUUGUUUGUGCAUGGUUGUUUUUUUUUUUUUUUUUGUAAUAAGCUUCUUUACAAUUGACUUGUUGUGGUGUGAUAUAAUCAUAUAAUCGACUUUUUUGCUUUC